CGUUGCUAGUGUUCCUAUACACUAGAGUUGAUGGCUGGUAGGAAACUUGUAGAUAUUUUCUAGUUGCUAUAGAUUACUAGUGCUUGUUCCUUUGCCAUUUCUGUUAUUAACCCUGAUGAUGCCAAAGUAUGCUGCAGAAUAGGGCUUGGUUAUACUAGCUCUUCUCUUUCUUUCUUUCUUUCUUUUUUUUUCCUACUUAGAACUCUUUGUUAAUACACUUAUAUGAUCUAAUGCAUGAAAAUUAAGCAAGAAUUCUAUGGAUUAAUGAGCCAUUUCCAUUUGAGGCAAUAAGCUGUUUGGGUUUGACUGAAGUAAGCUUCUUUGUUGCCUGUGUAUCACUUUUAGCUAUUCAGUGAGUAUAAUUUGAAAAAUAUAUUUUCUCUCUUUUUUUUUUCCCCAUAAAUAGCUUCCUUAACUAUCUGACUUCAAUCCUCUUGUGAAGUGCCACACCAUCUGGUAGACAUAUUGGAUCCAUUUGAAGGUAUGUUUCUGGUAACAUCAGAUAAUGUCAAUAAACUAUGUUAUGCAUUCUGUUUAUCACUAUUCUGCAGGACAAAUUUUUGAGGAUGCCAGGCAAGCAACAAGAGAUGUUCUUGACAGUGGCCAUGUUCCUAUAGCCACAGGCGGAACUGGCUUGUAUUUACGAUGGUAUGUUCCUAGAUAAACUUUUGCCUAGGUGAGCUUUGUUAAGUUGCUGUGCUUCAUCUUUUUCUUCAAUAUAACUUUCUGAUCUCUAUAAACUAACCUUUUUGCAACAAAGUCUGCAUUUUCUCUUUGAUUCUCCUGGCUUCCUCAAUUGAGUAGUGUUGCUUCAUAUUGUGCUUUAAAUACUUUGUGAAGUGCAUUUUCUCUUAUGAUAAUACUUCUUGUGAUUUUAUAGGCUGGCCUGGCAUGUUCUGGUUGAAUUUUCUUUCUCAGGAGUUAUUGUAAAACAACAUAUGUGGAGUUGUUUGCUAUGAUCUCUUCUUUUUGCUAUUAGGUUUGUAUAUGGAAAACCAGAUGUUCCAAAAGCUUCUACAGAAAUUGCAGCUAUAGUACAUGCAGAGAUAGCAGAUUUUGAGAGAGAUGGGGAAUGGGAUGCUGCUGUGGAAAUGGUGGUUAAGGCAGGAGAUCCAAAAGCUAGGUCAUUGCUCGUCAACAACUGAUAUCGAUUUCGUUGCAGCCUUGAGAUAAUCAAGGUCAGUGAUAAUG